AUCAACAACGCCAAGAAAAUUUAUCCGACCAUAGCGACAGACGGGUGGGGAGAAAAGCCGGAUACACUAUAGUUCAGAUAUAUCGCUGUCUAGGGAGAAGGAAGAGAAAGUCGGUUGUGUAUCAUACGUCCAGUUGCCGCAAAACGUGCUCCUGCAUAAGGCGACUCUGCGUCGUUGGAACCGUCCUCAUAACCCAUUAGUUAUUCUGCACGUGUGUAGCAUCAAGUUCAACUCUACAGGGAAAAAAGAAAAAAGAAAAGAAAAACCAUGGCAACAAAAACGAGGAACCGCCUGAUCCUGGGUACGAUGACCAUCGGCCCGGACCCGAAGCUUGGCGCCCGGAUCACCGACAUCGAGGUGUACAAGCAAUGCCUGUCGUACUUUGCCUCGCGGGGCUACCGGGAGGUCGACACGGCACAGCUGUACGUCGGCGGGCGGCAGGAGGCGUUCACGCGCGAGGCACUGGCCGGGCUGCCCGACCUGAGCUUCGAUGUAGCGUCCAAGGUUUACCCCAAACAGCCCGGCGACCACGCGGCCGGGAGGCUGAGCAGGGCCUGGGACGAGAGCCUGGAGAAUCUCGGUAUCGACAGGCCCGAUAUCUUCUAUCUGCACGCGCCGGACCGGAGCGUGCCGUACGAGGAGACGCUCGAGGCGGCGGAUAAGCUCUACCGCGAGGGAAAGUUCGGGCGGCUGGGCCUGAGCAACUACGCGUCGUGGGAGGUAGCGGAGAUGGUGGGCAUCUGCGAGAGGCGCGGGUUCGUGAGGCCGGCUGUGUAUCAGGGCAUGUACAACGCUAUCACACGCGCCGCCGAGUCGGAGCUGAUCCCCGCGCUGCGAAAGUUCGGCAUCUCGUUGAUUGCCUAUAAUCCGCUGGCCGCGGGAUUGUUCUCCGGUAAGUAUACCACGCUCGACAAGCCUGCGGAAGGCCGGUUCAGCGACUCUAGCAGCCUUGGGAAGAUGUAUCAGGAUCGGUUCUUCAAGCAGUCGAAUUUGGAUGCGCUUGCACUUGUCGAGCCCGUGGCAAAGAAGCAUGGCAUCCCAUUGAUUGAAGUUGGCCUCAGAUGGGUUAUCCAUCAUAGUCAGUUUGAAGGAGCCUCGAAAGGUGGCGACGACGGGCUACUUUUAGGGUUUAGCUCUUAUGAUCAGCUGAUACAGAAUGUUGAAGCAGCGGAGAAAGGUCCACUUCCAGAUGAUGUGGUUGAAGCGCUUGAUAAAGCUUGGGUUAAGGCGAGAGGCGAUGCACCCACAUAUUGGCGUUAGUAUCGAUACUGUGACCAAGAUUAAGAAUAUCAAGUUUCGAUAAUGCCACCAUCUCAUGUAAGUUGCAACUUAUAGGCCGAUGUCUUGUCCUGGUUCGGUCAGUCGUGAUCGUUUCUCGCACGCGUGAUUGCCCAGAGACU